AUGGAUGGUGAUGCCAGACAACCACAGGGUCAGGAAGAUCAACCGCCUGUUUACUCAUCAAAUCAAGUAUCACAAUCACAAUCAAAUCAUUAUUCAAGUGAAAGUGCACAGAAUUCCAAUAAAAACUCACCUAAAAAUCAAUUACCAAGAUAUGAAGCGGCUACUGUUGAUAUUAGAACCACAGACAUUGAAUUACAAGAUAUACAACCUGUUAUGGAAGCUCAUUACGCACCAAUCCUCAUUACGCACCAAAUCCAAUAG